UUGAAGCCUAAACGUCGACGAGACAUUCUUAACAAAAACAGUUCUUUUCAGAACGAUUUGCCUUGUUUACUGCAAGAAUUUUAGAAACAAUCAGCAAGUUAAGGUCAGAAGAACGGAGGGAAGCUAAGAUUUAGGAAAGAGAUAAAAUAGGCUAAAAAAAAAACAUGUAUAUUGCUUUAAUAUGUGUUUUGGUUUUUGCUUCAUGGGGCUACGGAGCGGAUGAAAAUGAAGUUCUUGGCAUGGUCAAUGCUGGUAUAGAAGCCGGAAAUGCGAUCGUCGAAGUUUUUGCUGAUGAAAACUUGUCAAAGACUUUUGGUAAAAUCGGUCAGAUCGCAUCGAAUAUUGGUCCAUUCCUGGGUGCCAUUGGCCCAGCAGUAGCGUUGAUUUCCAUAUUCUUGCCAAGUUCACCGUCUCCUGAAUUGCAAUAUAUGAAGAAAAAAUUCACCGAAAUGGACCAAAAGUUUGACAAAGUGUUUACGAAAUUUAAUGAAGUGAAAAAUCUUAUUCAAGAAACAUCCCUUAAAGCUCAGUAUGGAGAAUACGAACGCACAAUAUCGGCUUUGUCUUAUCGCCUAGAACAGUUUCUAAGCGCUCCAACUGAGGCAGUGCAAGGACAGAAGGCAACAUUUAUCAGUGCUUACGAGUCGACUUACGGCAGCGCCACAUACAAACUCUGGCGCGGUAUGAUGGAGCAAACUGGUCUGUCGGAUAACAUUCCGGAAAUAGCCAUGAAAUAUACAGAUAACCACCGCAGACGAGUUCAAAGAAUUAUGAAAGGAGUUAUGAACUUAAUAUUACAGGGUUUGAAAGUCCAUUUAUCCUACCUGAAAGCCAAAGGUCGAGAUGCCACAUAUGAAGACGAAAAGAAAACUUGGGAAGAAAAUAUUAAAAAGUUAAUUAACCAUAUGAAAAGGGUAGACAAAAAAGUGACCAUCGCUUGGCCUGAACAGGUCAAAGCCGAUUUAAAUGACAAAUUGGCUUUGUUAAAAGGCCAGAGUAAUAGGAAUUUCGCUAACAAAUUCUAUGCAUUCCUCACUGAAAAAUAUUAUUGGAGGGAUUGGCUCAUUGUUGUUUACAACAAACUUAAAGGAAAGAAGGAGUAUCAUAUCAAAGCUUGCCACGGAUCUCCACCACGCUUCAAGUUUGGCAGAAAUAUCGCCGUGGCAAGCGUUGAUCAAAGAAAAAGGCCCAUUAAUUUGAAACUCGCCAAAAAAAAGCUCAUAAAAGCAAAAACCUACAAACGUGUUUUCAUUGUUUUUGGAUUUCGUAAAAAGUCUUUAAAAGCUGACAAAGUUUACAGAUCACUUCCGUAUAAAUUUAGGAAGGGGUGCACUAAAUAUCCGGGAUUAGGCGUCAUAAAAAAAAAUGCAGAUGUUCAUUACCGGGGCCCAAAACGUCGCUUUGUUGUCAUCACCAAGGGAAAGUACAAGCUUCAUGCCUUUGGUUAAAUAAGUGACAGACUAGCUGAAUAUAAACGGUUUUGAUUUCUGUUAGUGCUUUUUUUUUACAUAAGGUGUUUGUGGUAGUUAUGGCAUUUGAUAAUUUCUAAGGUAAAACAAACUAAUUGACAAACAGUUUGACUAAAUUUUUAAACUUACAAGAUAUGUAUGAUUUCAAAGAUUAUAUGUAUAAUGCACAUCUAGCUUAAAUUAUUUACAAGCAUCAUUAGCAAACACAUAUCGUUUGAUUGCAAUACUUUAUAUGAGCUAUUUUAAAGUUUCUGAAUUUGAGUUUUUCACUGGUAUAGGAGUUAUAUUUAAUAGUUAAUACUUUUGAUUCCUAAUAUGUUUCAUAUCAGCAAUUUUGAACUACCUGAAUUUGUGUAUGUUGCACAAUGAUAUAGCUGCUAUAUUUGAUAGCCGAUAUUUCUUAUUCGAAAUAUGCUUCAUAUCACACAGCUCUUUUUAAAUUUCUGAUCUUAAGUAUGUUGCUACACUGAUAUAGCUGCCGUAUUUGAUAUUUGUGCUUCUUUAUAACCUGCUCUAUAUGAAUACGCUAAAUUAAGUUUUUAGCUAUAUGAUAUAGGCCUAGUUGAUAUUUUUGAAUUGCUUUCUAUCUGCUAUUUUGAAAUUUCUGAUCAUAAGUAUAUUGCUACAGUGAUGUAGCUUUCAUAUUCGAUAUUUGAUAUUUUGGGUUUUGAAUAUGCUUCAUUUCUGGUAGGCCAAUAUCAAACCACAGAGGUAUACAUACCGUAUAUGUAGAAAUACCUUCCAUUAAUUGCGAGGGCACACUGAUUUAGCAGCUGUUUUUUAUUUUUACACGAAAUGGCGUCAAAUGAGUGCAACAUUUUAACAGAGGUUUGUAAGUUAAAAAGAAGAAAAUUGUGUCUCAUUUAAUUGGUCUAUAUAUUUCAACUGCAAACCAUAUUAUACUAUCCCAUUUCGAACACCAAGUUAUGUAUUCACGUAUUUUACUUCUAUAAGUUUCCAUCAUACUGUAACUUUAGGCCAUUAAUUCAUUAUUGUUCCUGUUGUUCCUUUUGUUUUUAACUUGAUUUAAUUUCUUUACAUUUUUUUCCUUUUGGAUGCACCAUGAGGUAUUGUCUGAUGUGUGCCACUGAUGCAAAAGUGAAUCCAAUAAAAUAUUUGCAUUA